CGAUCCGCACGGCACUUGGAAACCCAGGCGCUCCUUGCGUCCCUUGCUCCAGUCUCCGUGAGGCAUCUCGCAGGUAUCCUCUGUGCCUUAUUACUGUGGGAACGGACGGGCUGUGAACCUCAACCUCCCCCUCCCGUCUCACACUCAUAUCUCUCCAACAUCUCACACAUCUUCUCUGGCUCAGCCACCCUUUUCACCUCACACGACACACACACAUACACACACGCACACAGUACACAUACACACACACUCUCUCUCCGUCUGUCUCACACACACACACCCACACAUACACAAACGCAAUCUCACUCGCUCACUCACCCACACGCAACGCACCACCACCACCACCACCACCACCACCACACGCACGCAACGCACGCAUGCAAUUCCGCCCCCAAUCUGCAUCGGCCAGAUAUACACAAGUAAACAAUAUCCCGCGGUUCCCCCAGCCCUCCCUGGCGGAAACAUACAGAAAUCCCCCUCUCCAGAAUGUCCGCCCAGAUCGAGGCUAGGUCUCUGGCCUCGCUCAACUAUCUUGCGGCCAACCCGCCGCAAUAUCCUCACAAGCCCGCCGAGCAGCGUCAAGAUCCCCUCACUCUCUACAUCUCUCGUGUACCAGGCACACGAGACGUCAUUUUGACAACGUCGAAACCGCACCUGAAAAACGUCACGAGCGAAGAUGUCGCCAACUCCUUUUACUACAUCCACCUGGAACGCCCCGACGACGGCGGCCACCCGUACAACCCAAGCCUGGCCGCCGCCGCCGCAGCCUCUCAGCAGCAGCCUCACCACCUGCGCAACCCGGACACGCCCAGGUCGAGUCAGGACAGCGCCCGCAGUACGAACCAGAUCCGCCGCAAGCCCCUGCCCACCGCCGCCAAAGUACCCUCGCCGCCCGCCGACCCGACGCGCUCUCACCUGCCGCCGCCGCCGCCGCCGCCGCCAUCUUCGCAUAUGUCUUCGGUCCCGGGCUCGGCCCCGGGUACCGCCCCUUUAUCCUCUUCCCACCCUGCUGCUGUAGGGAACGGCGGUUACGGCUACGGCUCUGGCCACGAAGCCGGCGCUGACACCCGGGAACCCCGCUCUACCGAAGACCGCCCUGAACUACCCCCGCGCCCGAUCUCCUACUCCCCUCCCGCACCGGUCCGCAAACCCGUAGGUCCCCGCGCCAUCCCGACACCGGCCCCGGACCACGACGCACCCUACGCCCGGCCGCCGCCGACUGACACCCACCGCGAUGCGCCCUCUCGCUCGCCAUCUCGCAUCCCCGAAGAGUCCACGUCCCCUCGGCGCUCCCGCCGCUGGUCCCGUCCGCCCAUCGGCGCCUCCUUCCUCCGCCAGCAGUCCCGCUCACCCUCCCCGAACCGCUUCCACAACACCACCGCCGUGCCCUACAGCCUCUCGCUGAUCCGUCGCGACCCGAGCUCGGGGAACCAGUGGAACGUCGGCCGCGUCUCGUCGCACCAGCUCGAGGACGCCGGCGACGACGGCUACGAGUACUUCUCCUUCGACUCGGCCGGCCUGUCCGCGCACGACCGCCGCCGCGCCAACGCGCCCCAGCCGCCCAUCCACAUCCAUCUCGAGUCCUCGGGCUACGCAAAGUUCCGCCACAUGCCACUACGCCAGAGCGUCGACGCGCCCCGGAAUUCCAUGUGCUCGCCGCCCUUUGCCAACUCGGAAGACGCCCUCCAGCACAUGCAGCAGCAGCAGCAGCUGCUGCAACGUCAGUCCCCCGAAGGCGGCUUCUCGCGGCAGGUCGUCAUGUCCUACGCCAAAUCCUGGUCCUCCAAUAUACGCGAAAAGCUUAGCUCUCGCUCUCGCUCCGGCAGCAUCGACGAUGGCGGCGCCGGCGCCGGGUUGACGGCAACGACGACGACCCUCGGCACGUCCCCGGCGCGGUCCAACAACCGUCACUCGCGCCAGCUGAGCUCGCACUCGACGGGCUCCGUCUCCUCCAACGGCAGCGACUCGGGCCCCAUCAUUACGCAGCCGGGCUACGGCCUGCGUCCCCAGGGCUACGUCUUCGUCUCGCCGUGGGACGGCCGCUGCGAGUUCCGCACGGGGAACGCCGGCCGCAGCGUCAAGUGCCGACACGUCCUGCCGACGGCUGGUGGCCUGAGCAACCCGCUUGCGCCGACGACCUCGUCGACCUACUCGGCCGCCGUGAGCGAGCUGCGCUUCAACCUGCCGAGCUCCGAGCUGUUCCGCCAGGAGGGCAAGAGGGAGCAGCUCAGCGGCCACUUCAGCAGGCUACUCAAGGUCGGCGGCGGCGGCAACCGCGACGGCGACUACAGCGACGAGGACGAGCCGCCGAGCCCGUUCGACCUGAAGCUCGGCAGGGAAAGGGCCGGCGGUGGCAAUCGCGGCAAGAGAGCCAAGCUCGGCAAGCUGAUCAUCUAUCCAGAGGGCCUCAAGAUGUUGGACCUCGUCGUGGCUGCCAACAUGGGCGUUUGGUGGGGAGCAUGGGAGAAGACGUUUUAGC